UAUACUCACAUAUUGAUAUACUGUUUUUGUGUUUUUUAGGCAUAUUGAUUCCAGCAAAGAUAGAUACUGUUGGCCUUGGUGGAACUAUAAAUGUUCUUUAUGUUUGUAAUGGCUGCACCAACAGACGCUUGAGUUUUGAAGGAUCACUGGCUGUUGAAGGUUCUCGUCGCACUGUGGUUGGUCUGGCCCUUGCAGUGGCGUUUAUUGUUACUGGACAUGGAUUUUCUAAAUUCCAGAAAACACUAAACAAUUGCCUUGGGAUACCCGCAAUUUCCAAGAACAGAUUUUACGAGGUGAUUAAACUGAUAUAUCCCCACAUUGAAGAAAUCGUAAACGAGAUGUGCGAAGAUGAAAAAGAAAAAAUGAAAAAGAUGAACAGUGUAGAUCUUGGGAGCUGGGACCGAGCUGUCGUUACGUCAGACGGGGUUUGGCACACCCGUGGACACUUCAGUAAAAAUGGGUCAUUCAUUGUAAAGAAUUAUAUGACCCAAGGGCUUCUGUGGUAUGGGCACAAAUCAAUGAGGGGAGAAAUAACUGAGGAGGAAGAGGGUGAGGAAUUGUACCACGGCACGGCCAAGUCUAUGGAAGGAGUUCUUGCUGAGGAAUGCUAUGGACAGGCAAAAGAAGAAGGGUGUGAUAUUAUUUGUGUUUGGCAGGAUGGGGACUCUUCUUCAAAGAAGUCAGUUCACAAUGUCUAUGGGGAGGAACCCCCUCAAAGAGUAUACAAGUGUGGUGGGCAUGUGGGUAGAUCCCACGGGAAUAAUCUGAAGGACUUUGCCAAGCAGAAGGCAUUCACCAGUGGCCAUAUUUCUAAAUGGAAAGAACUGUUUCCAGAAAUGGAGAACUUGAAGUGCCAUUGCACACGCCAUUCAAAGAACUGUGGUUGCUUUUCAGAGCAGUUUCUGAAAAAUGCUAGAGUUAACCAUUUUUGCUGUUUGCAGCAGUGUGACUCUCCCGAAGAAUAUGCUAGACGCAUGAGAGCAUUGAGCCAGCACCAUGUUGUUGAUAAACACUCUUGGGAGGGAGGGAACUGUGGUUUCCAUACAGAAACAGUUUGUUCAUGUGGAGAAUGCAAAGACGAAUUUGAGUUGAAAUGUGAGGGAAUACCAUAUUCGACAAAAAACAAGUUGUCGUGUCCAUUUCAUCACAUGGCCUACCAACUGGAGUGCGAGCUACGAGCUGCUGACGCGAAAUCAGUAAUACAUCCUGAGAUGGGCCGUGGCCAUUCCAAUCAGUGUGAGGCUCAUUUCAACGUGCUUCCCCAUUUUCGUGCUAAAGACCAAAGUCUCAAUAGGUUGCACUAUAUUACAUCAACAAACUGUGGGUUGGCCCAGGGGAAUAUGACAUGGUGCUGGGAAAAUCGUGGAAAGGAAUACCACUGGAUAAAGGACCUUUACACUCGACUCCAUCUGCCUGUGCUUCCUUCCAUUGAAAAGGCGCUUGAUAAAGCAACUGAGGACAGGAUGAACCACCUCAUGAAACAAAAGACAGAGGCAGCCAAGAAGCAGCGAAUAUCCAAUAAGCAAGCUAGACAGGAAGACCAGGAAGAGAGAAAGAAGUGGAACAAAAGGCAGGCAGUGCUGCAUACAUAUGGCACUGAAGAUGAUGACGAGUUAGAUGAUGAUGAUGAUGAUCCAGCACUGAUAAGAGAGGCAGAGAACAUGCUAAGACAAAGGACUGUAAUAAGUGGAAAGCGGCCAUGUAAGUGUGGAUCAACCACCCACCAGCGCACUUCUCACAAGGACUGUAGUGAGAAUCCCAAAAACAAAGAGUAGAAUUGCACAACAUGUUCAAGUUUAUUAUGCAUUUUAUACAGCAUACAAAAUAUGAUAGAUGUUCUAGUCAAGUUUAUACAUGACAGUCAAGGGAAGACAAAAGCAAACAAAGGAAAUAGAGCGUAAUAAAGUGUUAUACGCUAAAGUGUAUUUUAUGGGUUUAUUGAAAACACUUUUUAUAGAAAAGUAACUAAUACAAUGUAGAUAAAUCAAUAAAAUCAAUAAAAAUAGAUUCGAAUCA